AUGAUGUCUUUGACUCCGGACCAAUUUCGGAAAGUGGGAAUGGGGUUGGCGCCAUCUCCAUCGCCGUUUCUCACACCAAGACCCGAGAGGCGUCGGCCGAGUUCAAGAGGGAUUGAAUGGAAUUCAAGUAGGCAGGACAAAGAUCAAGAGGUUAAUGUGCAAGUUUUGCUCAGAUGCAGGCCACUAAACGAAGAUGAGCAAAGGUUAAAUGUCCCAAGGGUGAUAACAUGCAAUGAACACAAAAGAGAGGUCACUGUUUUGCAAAGUGUAGCUAACAAGCAAGUAGAUAGAGUAUUCACCUUUGACAAGGUUUUUGGGCCUAAAGCACAGCAAAGAUCAAUAUAUGACCAAGCCAUUGUCCCAAUUGUUAAUGAAGUCCUUGAUGGCUUCAACUGCACUGUAUUUGCUUAUGGGCAAACAGGCACUGGUAAAACAUAUACAAUGGAGGGAGGAAUGAGAAAUAAGGGUGGUGAACUGCCUGCAGACUCGGGUGUUAUUCCAAGAGCAGUCCGUCAAAUUUUUGAUACACUAGAGGCACAAAAUGCUGACUACAGUAUGAAAGUCACAUUUUUGGAACUUUAUAAUGAAGAAAUAACUGAUCUGCUAGCUACCGAAGACUAUUCAAGAGCAUCUGAGGAAAGGCAAAAGAAGCCUAUCUCCUUGAUGGAGGAUGGAAAAGGUUGUGUCAUUGUAAGAGGCCUUGAAGAAGAAGCCGUAUAUAGCGCAAAUGAAAUUUACAACCUCUUGGAACGAGGGGCAGCCAAAAGGCGUACAGCAGACACCUUGUUAAACAAACGCAGCAGUCGUUCUCAUUCUGUGUUCACCAUAACUGUUCAUGUGAAAGAAACAGCGGUUGGCGACGAGGAGCUCAUUAAAUGUGGCAAGCUUAAUCUUGUGGAUCUGGCAGGCUCAGAGAAUAUUUCUCGUUCAGGUGCACGGGAGGGACGUGCAAGAGAAGCGGGGGAAAUAAACAAGAGCUUGCUGACCUUGGGUCGUGUCAUAAAUGCACUGGUGGAGCAUACUGUUCAUGUGCCUUACAGGGAUAGCAAGCUAACAAGGCUACUAAGAGACUCACUAGGAGGGAAAACAAAAACUUGCAUCAUUGCAACAAUUUCUCCAUCUGCUUAUUGUUUGGAUGAAACUUUAAGCACACUCGAUUAUGCAUAUCGUGCUAAAAACAUAAAAAACAAGCCAGAGGCAAACCAAAAAAUGUCCAAGGCCAUUCUGCUCAAGGAUCUGUACUUGGAACUAGACAGAAUGAAACAAGAUGUUCGAGCAGCAAGGGAAAAGAAUGGUGUGUAUAUUCCACAUGAAAGAUUUGUACUGGAUGAAGCUGAAAAAAAGGCAAAGAACGAGAAGAUAGAGCAGUUAGAGAUUGAUUUAAACGUCAGUGAUAAGCAAGUUGAGAAAUAUCGUGAGCUCUAUCAAACUGAACAAGAAGAGAAAUUAAACUUUGAAUCCGAGCUCAGGGAUUGCAAGGUAAAUCUAGAAAAUAGCAACAAGGCCUUGCAAAAUCUCCAAGAGAAUCACAAAGUAGCCAUAUCAACGCUGAAAGAGAAAGAAUUUAUCAUCUCCAAACUGCUACAUUCGGAAAGUUGUCUGAUUGAAUGUGCGAAGGAGUUGCGGGCCAAUUUGCACAAUGCAUCGGAGGACAUAGUUGCUCUAUUCGCAAAAAUAGAUCAAAAAAGUAGAUUGGAAGCACAAAACCAAGGUCUACUUCUCACAUUUGGUUCACAGCUUGAUCAAAGCUUAAAAGACCUUCACAAGACCAUUCUGGGGUCAGUCUCCCAUCAACAGCAACAACUAAGAUGCAUGGAAGAGCAUGUUGGCUCAUUUUUUGCUAGUAAAUGUGAUGUAACUCAGGUCAUGGAAUCACGGAUUAAGAAAAUGACAGAGACAUACACUUCAGGAGUGGCAGCCCUGAAGGAGCUUGCGGACACACUGCAAAAAAAAGCUUCUUCUGAUCUGGAGCAAAUGAAGUCAACAGUUUUAAUUCAAAUAACUGCAGUCGAGAAUUUUCUUAAAACAGCAGUUUUGGAGGCUAAGGAUGUAAAUUGUGACAUUCAGAGUUCAUUAAAUGAGCAACGACAGCUGAUGGCUUUUUUCGCUCAACAACAGGAAGAGGGAUUACACCGAAGUCUGGUUUCAGCACAAGUGAUUUCGAAGGCAACAACUGAUUUCUUCAAUGACCUUAAUCAGCGUAUUUAUGAGAUGAUGACAGUUCUUGAAGAAAUUCUAAUUGAAAAAUCCCACCAUAUAGCAACUUUUGAGGAGAUGUUCAAGGAAGAGGCUGUUAGAGAAGAAAAACUGGCUAUGGAAAACAUUGCAGCAAUAUUAGCAACUCUAACAGCUAAGAAAACAGCUCUGGUGUCUAAAACCUCUAAGAACAUCCAGGACACAAGUGUACAAGAGAAUAAGAGAUUGCUGCAAGAGCUGUUCAAGAUGCAGCAAGUUUCAGUUGAUGCAAAGAGGGAGUUGAAUGGAUACAGAGAGGAGGUUAAAAGUCGGUUCUUAGAAGAAACGUUCACAUCAGCUGAAUGCAAAGCUGCAAUGGAAAAUUGCCUCCAGGAAUGUGCAAAUAAGUUGGAUUAUUCUGGGAAGCAUUGGGAAAAUGCACAAUCAUCCAUCAACCAUCUCAACAAGAGCAGUUUUGCAGAGAUAAAAUCUGCUGUGAAGGAAAAAGUUUGUGCAAAUCAAGCCGCACAUGAUCAAUUUGUCUGCACUUCCUCAACUAUGGACGCAGAAUUUGAAGCCCAAACCUGUGAUGUGCUGACAACUAUUAAUGAUUCUCUGAAGUUGGACCAUGAAGCAAAGAACGAACUAGACUCCAUUUCUACCAUCUGCUUGGAUCAGCUCAAUUCUUUACGAGAGAACCACAGUGGAAGCAUAACAAAUAUCCGAAACAGAGCAGAGCAGUGUCUCAGGAAAGAUUAUUUGGUUGAUCAGCAUACUAAUAUGACUCCACAGAGGAGAGUAAUACCAGUCCCCAGCCUGACUUCCAUUGAGGAGAUAAGAACACCAGCCUUUGAGGUUACUUCAGAGAAGAAACCCACAUGGAGUGGUACUGAUAGCAAAAAUUCAAAGCAGCAAAUGCAGGCAUGUUUAGGAGCAUCACCAAACAGAACUCCUUUUGCAGCUGUCAAUUGA